AUCAAUGGAAUGUGGGGUAAGGUGAGACACUUCCAACAAAUAAACAGCACCGUGUUCAAAAACCGCACACUUUGCCCUGACACAUCACACAUCGCAUCUCGUCAGCAGAUCAUUCACCAAGAAGCACAAAAUAACAUAAAUCAGUAAAAAAAAAGUUGUCCCUUAUUAAUUCCGAAUAUGGACAUUGAUAAUGAGGUCGGAAUCCCUUUUCUGGAUAGCCCGGUCGGCACUGCGCUGGAAGUGCCGGACAUCAUCCUAAAACCGCCCAGCAAUCUGAACCCUGACUAUGCAAAGGUAUGCUUCGACAUGAAGAUGGAAACUUACACCACGUUCUUCAUCGAUUUCCACGCCAUUAUCGCCAACUACGAAUCCGCCAUUGCCAACGCCAUCAACGAAACCGGAGCCUUUGGUAUCGUCUAUAAAGACAAGUUCGAAAACCUGCUCAUCGGAUUGGCUGAUCGCCCCAAGAACUUGAAGAUGGGCGUGGUUCAAGACAUCGACGAAUUGACCACUUUCUGUCGAGCCGUCACUGCUGGGUGGCUUCUGUGGCCCGAUUAUUGGCUCGGAUUGCAGAAGAUUGUCGACUACUUGGCGAAUGACGUCGUGAUCGAGGACGUGAAACGAAUGGAUCGCGAAUUUUUGUUGAUUUUGAAGAAAAUCGCGACGCACGAGGAAUGGCCGAACGAUCCCGUCCUUGGAGCCGGAAUAGCGUCGCAAGCCAAGAAGAUCGUUUUUCGAUACAAAUCGACCACUCCCGAGGACAAAGAGCUGCUUCAUGUGAAAACCAUGCCAACCGUUUGGUCUGCCGGCGUCACCCCGAAGGAGGACCAUGUCGGGAAGAGGAUCUGCGAUGGAGUCGACUGUCUGGAAGUGGAGGGGAAAACGGCGACCUUUUCCCGCUGCGGGAAAUGCAGGAAGGUCGCGUAUCAUUCGAAAGAGUGUCAGGGAAGGGCGUGGAAAUCGGGGCAUAGGAGGGAGUGCAAGCCUCCGGGGAAAUAAAAUUGUAUUUCAAUCUUUGUAAAAUUGGGAUUUGUUUAAAAUUAAUGAAUAAAAAACGUCCCAGAAUUUGGUGCAUAUGAUGCAAUUUAUGAAAA